CUGUAUUUUCGACCUGCACACAACGUAAAAAGUUUGGACCGCAUAUCUUACACAAAUGGGCACAAGAUGGACGCCAACCAGUUUUCCACUUCAUCAGGAGGAUUUUGUUUCCCUCUUGCACCCCUUCUCCGAGGGCAGAGGCAUGACGUCGGCCUCGUUAAUACUGGCUUUUCGUUUGGCCUGUAGCCCCGCUUGCGUGUUUCUGAGUCUGCAUUAAACUGUAACAACGCAGCGAGGCUGCAGAUGACAAAGAUCAGGGUAUUAUGCACCACGUAUACGAGUCCUGUAAUCACCCCGGCUUAUGUGCUCGCCACCCCACCCUGUCCCCCACAAGACUCUUCUUAAAGACAACCCCCAGCGCAACCCACCCAUCGACACCUCGCCAAGAAAUCUAUCGCGCAGCCACAGCCCUAAGACGGACGACAGUUAUACCUCAAGUUUUGCUGCUGCGCUGUCUGUUUUCUUACUUCGGUCUGGCCUGCCAUGUUCAUCACGCUACGAAGUUCGGGCGGCGGCCAGGCAGAGGGAGGGGGGAUGGAAGUUGUGCGACGCAACUCAGGGCCCGGCGUGGUCAAAGAUCGCACUCGUCCUAUGCGACGACCUGCCUGUGUCGCCUGCCAGACCAAAAAGCUGCGUUGCACUGGUAGUAACCCUCGCAAUUGUGACCGAUGCCGGGCCAGAAUGGUCGAAUGCGUCGUGCCGACAAGUAACGGUCGGGAGAAACCUCGCACGAAUUCGUCGCAAUCGCCGCAACCCAACAACCCACCAGGGCGCCCAUGGCAGGACAUUGGCGAUGCGUCUUCUCAACCGGGCGAUCAACAAGGCGAGGGCUUGAACGGCGCAGGUUUGGGACCAUCCAAGCCGUCGCAGCAGGCGGCCACCACAGCACCAAGAGUUCAGGUUGGUGGGGAUCCGCUGUUAGAUAACGACUUCUUUGACUGCGAGUUCGCAUUGGUAGACUCGGCAGAUCAGCCGUGGGCAGCGGGGCUGACGACUGCCGGUAACCCGUCAGUGGAUCUUAUCGACGGGCUGGAUAUGGAUAUGGACUUUGGCCGGCACAGUGCCUCUGGGGAGGUUCGAUCCAGCAUAAGCAGCUCUACCAACAGUGGGAGCAAUGACGCUCGGCAGUCCAAUAAGCCACACCAGGACCCCUACAACAACCUUGAUUUCUUCUUAUCCAGCGAAGGCCCCAUCUCGCAGCCCCAGCCCCAGCCCCGGCCAAUUCCUCAUACCACCACCCAAGAAUUACCAAGCAUGCUCGCACUGGAUACGGCGCCGUUGUCUCCAGGCCAAUCUUGGGCCCUCUCGGGCGUUCAGAACCCGUCAAACCCAAACCGACCCGGUUCACCGCCGUGCUCGUGUCUUACUGACCUCGUCCGUGUCGUGCAGCAACUCGACGACGACGAGUUUCACAUCACGACCAUGUCUCUCGACCAAGUCUUGCGGCUUCAAAAAUGGCUCGUCUUUCAAUGCUGCAAACCUUUUGACUGCCCCAAGUGUCUGGACCUUUCUACUAUUCACACCAUGCGCCUCAUCCUCUGCGAUCGUCUCACCGAGAUGUUUGAGUGCAUUCAUCUCCGCAUCAAGCGGGCAGGCGCCAUCCUGAGCAACAACGGCAGCGACUCUAGUAGCCAGGCAACGCCAUCUUCGUUGACCGACUCCAGUUCUGCGCAGUCACAUUCUUCUCUCGGUGGAUCACAGCCACAGUUGACAGCUGCUGUCGGUUCAGGGCCUUUGCCAGCCCAACUGUUCUGCAGCUCAUCGGGACGCGCGGCCAACACUGCCGCUUGCAACCCCUUGAUGUUUUCGGACGAGUUCAGGAAUCAGUAUUCAGACGAGGAGCAGGUUCACAUGAUUCGGGUGCUUUUGAGACUGCAGAGUCGCAAUUUCCAGAUGCUGCUCUCGCGAGUUGAGCGGACCAGCCAGGUUGCAGCUAGCCCAGCACGUCAGACCAAGGUGAAGUCCAUGAUGGUGCGUCUUGGAAAGGCGUCGGCUGAUAUUGAGGGGGCUUUGAGGGUUGUUUUUCAGGGGUUGUCGAUUUGAUGAGACAGUCAUGCUGCAUCUACAUUUAUGUACUUCAACAUCACCAUUACAUUUAUCAGGCAUUUGGUU